AUGGUCCUCCCGCAGCGUCGGUCGCUGACGGUGCGCGAGCCGUCGCGCGCCCCACGCUCGCCGCAUCCCAACGUGAUGCUCGUCAUCCGUUUCCUCGUCACCGGUCUCGUCUGUCUCCUCUCCCUCGCUACCGCCAUCGUAGCCAUCCUCGUCGUCGACUACUACAACAAGCACGCGCCCAUCAUCGCCCCGUCCUGGGGAUCGCUCAUCUUCCUCAUCAUCCUCGGCCUCUUCACGCCCAUCAUCUACUUUGGCUACAACAUCUUCCUGCCCUUGAUGCCGUUUAUCAACUACGGCGAUUUCCUCUACGGGUUGUUCAUGGUCAAGAUCGAGCUGCUGUUGCAGUUUGCCAUGUGCGUCUUGUGGGUUUCGGGCGCUUUGGCGUUUGCCAACGACUUGCGACCGGGAGCGGGCAACGAGAACUGCCAAUUCGACGGCUACUGGCAUUACGAGAAGCCGGCCAACUUCAACACGAGCUGUCAGCUGCUCAACAUCUGCACGGGUUUCGCCUACGCUACGUUUGGCGUCCAGGUUUUCCUGUUUGUCAUCGAGUUCCUGUACGGCAUGUACAUCUUCCUGCUUCUGGACCAGGAGAGUCUGAACGAGCCGCAUUUCGAGUGGGGUCGCCGGGCGUACAACUAUGGACAGCAGAGCAGACAGCAGGAGAUGCAGAGGUCGAAUGCGAUCGGACGCAGUCCUGCGCGGGCUAUGGCUGUGGGUGGCGCAGGCGGCCUCGCCGCCCAGUCGUACAGGAACGACGGCCGCAGGAGCCCCGGCAGCUCGUCCGCAGGAUCGAGCUUCGGUACUGGUACAGGCAGCGUCAGCAGGAGGGGCGCGGCGUACAACGAUCCGGAGAUGGAGAGCAGAGCCUCGGCGCCCAUCUCGCUCGGAAGCAGGGGCAGGCGAGGAAUUGCGUAUGGAGGUAUGGCCGACGAAGACGAGGAGAGCCAGGUGGCCGGGCGACCGAUGUCUGGGACCUCGUCGCAGGGCGAGGCGGGCGAUCGGGGGCUUGCGUCCGCCGCCGCGGCAGGUGGGAAGAAGGGCCACCGUGCCACCAGCUCCAAGGGCGGCUCCAGGAGGGGCCUCUCCAGAAGCGGUCCGCUGUCCGACGAGGAGAGCGGCUGGCAUCUGCGCGAGGAAGACUCUGAACGCUAA